CUCCAUCUCUCGCGAAAUGGCCUCAAGUGUCGAUGCCAAGCUGCUGAAGCAGACCAAGUUCCCUCCCGAGUUCAAUCGGAAGGUGGACAUGACGAAAGUGAACGUCGAGGUUAUGAAGAAAUGGAUCGCCAAACGCAUAUCUGAGAUUUUAGGCAACGAGGAUGACGUUGUUAUUGAGAUGUGCUUUGGGCACUUGGAGGGACCACGCUAUCCCGAUAUCAAAUCCCUCCAGAUCCAACUAACUGGAUUUCUCGAUAAAGAUACCCCCAAAUUUUGCCAGGAGCUAUGGUCAUUGUGUCUGAGCGGCCAAGAAAACCCACAGGGUGUUCCGAAAGAGCUUCUGGAAGCUAAGAAGCUCGAGCUCAUACAGGAAAAGCUUGAGGCCGAGAAAGCUGCUGAAGCGUCACGCCGACAGAAGGAACAGGAGCAAACACGUGAACGCGAUAUUGACAACAUCAGACGCCAAGAGCGUUCGGAUCGUGGAAGAGCAGGGGGAAGAGGCGGUGGCCGUGGAGGUCGAGAUUUUGACAGGCGAUCUCCCCCUCCCAGAGACCGGGACCAUGGUCGAUACCGUGAAGCUGGGCCCCGGCGUGACUUUGACUCGUACGUUCCGCCUGAUAACCGCCGAGGUCGUCGGCCAUCUGGGACCUCUGCGCAAUCUCGCUCUCGAUCCCCGCAGCAAUCACCCGCCCGCCGCGACCGCGAUGCGCCGCGCCAACGACACCGUGAACGCCGUCGCCGCUCCCCAAGCAAUUCAACCUCCCCGGAUCGACGCAGACGUGGAGGACCGCGAAGGCGCAGUCCGGACUACGGUGACCGUGCUAGAUCCAUUACCCGCAGUCAUGCAUCCCGCUCACGUUCUCCCAGAGGAGACCGCCGCAGACGAGACGCCUCUCGCUCCAGAUCUCCCUCUCGCUCCCGCCGUUCAGGAAGAUCCAACAGGACCCGCGACCGCGACCCUCGACGCCUGAGCCGCAGUCACAGCCGCAGUCGUAGUCACAGCCGUGACCGUCGCCGUGAUACUCGCAGGCGUCGCAGUCCCAGUGAUAGCCGGAGCCGGAGCCGAAGCCCGAGGAAGGACACGAAGCGUCGACGCUCAAUGGAUAGAUACAAUCCUACGGAAAGGAGCCAGCGUAGCAAAUCUCCUGUAUCCUCACCCGAUGAGAAACGACGCAAGAAGGCUGAUGAAGAUGAGGAAUAUUCCAGACGACCUUCCAAAGCAGAUGAUCAAGAUAUGAAAGAUGCUGAUGAGGUUGGUCAUUGAACGUUGGUCAUUGAACGUCCAAAUCCGCCCUCAAUCUACACCUCUCUCGAGACACAUUGAUAUCUUGUCUGAUAAACCCGAAAAACCAAUCUCCAAGCGGUUAUCUUCAACGGAAUUUCGAGAGAAAUUACUCCGUGAGAAAAUCCUCGCUAUGCGUCGUUCUAGCGACAAGGUGAGCAGCUCACCGAAGACGGACAAGCAGUGAAAACAUCCAAAUCAUUGACAGAGGGCUUCUCAAUACGUUUGAAAACAAGUGAAACGAGUUCAUUUAGCGCCGUACAAUUAGCAAUUGCAUGUAGGAAGAUUUUGUGAAAUUUCGUCUUUCCAGAAAAUUAGCAGUAAACGAACUUUUUGC